CAAAAACUUAAAGCCAGUUUUAGUUGAGAAUGGCAUGAAUAAAGUUGAGUUUUCUUGUUCUGCUUCAGUACAAAGCCAUGCUAGCAUUAAUUUUGAAGCACCUGACCUGUUUGGCAAUGAGCCUAUCAGCCCUGCUGACUGUGAUGUAACCACUGACAACCCAACCAUUCAUUCAUGUAAUAAGAGAUUACAUGGCACGAAUGUCACGAUAAUGUGUAACUAUUCUACCAGCUACGAGAUACAUUGUACUUUCUCAUGGAAUUUAACAAACAGCAAUGAAAGUAGAGUCUAUCCAGUUGCUUGCCAUGUCAAUGAUGGUACAACUGAGGUUAGUACAAGAACAGAACUCAUUGUCGGAGAUCCAUGUGAGGUGACUUAUUGUUUAAGAUGUCAGUUACUUAAUUCCAGUUGUUGUACUGAGUGUCAAUUAGGAUAUGAAAUAAAUGAUUGUAAAUGUGAGGCGGUAGUUAGAUUGGUUUCUUCUUCACUUUUAACGUUUGUGCUAGUGCUCUGUGUUUGUAUUAUUAUAGCAUUUUUGAUUGUGAUGAUUGCUUGGAGGAACAGAAAAAAAGAACUUGUAAAUUUGGACUUGCGUUGUGCUGACCGCUUCAGAAUUCCUCUAGAUUUGAAUUCAGCUUAUCAAAAAGGACACGAUCAAAAAGAUGAGAGUCAUGAGACAUCUACAGAUGAUACUGUUAUGAAGCAGUUGUUGAUCAAAUAUUUAAUACCGUCUUCACAAAUCGAUAUACAAGAAACCAUUGGCCAAGGUGAGUUCGGAAUUGUUUAUAAAGCAACUAUAAUGGAUAAAAGGCGACAAGAAAUUGCUUUAAAAACACUCAAAGGAGCAUUUUCAAAGAGUGAUGUCAAUUCUCUUCUUGAAGAGUGCCUACUGAUGUCAAACUUUGAUAAUCCUAACGUGCUGUCUCUCAUUGGAGUGUGUGCUGACCUGGGAUCAGCUCCAGGCAUCAUCAUGCCUUAUAUGUCAAAAGGAAGUCUGUUGUCUUAUUUGCAGAAAGAGAAAUCUCACCUUAUAGUGGGAGAAACCAGUGAAGAAAGCACAGUGCUAAAUGUUAGGAAACAGUUACUCUCUGUGUGUCUUCAAGUUGCUAAUGGAAUGAAUUACUUAGCUUUACAAAGGUUUAUUCAUCGUGAUCUUGCUGCUCGAAAUUGCUUGAUUGCUGAUAAUGGUGUCAUCAAAGUUGCUGAUUUUGGCCUAUCAGAAGAAAUUUACACAAAAAAUUACUUUAAUCAAUUUAAAAAGUCAAAAUCUGUUAAACUCCCAGUCAAAUGGAUGGCACUUGAAAGUCUUCACUAUGGAAUAUUCUCUGAAAAAUCAGACAUGUGGUCUUAUGGUAUUUUAUGUUGGGAAGUCUUUAGUGCUGGGAAAAUACCAUACCCUGGUAUAGAUCCAAUAGGAUUAGUGGAACUAUUGGAUGGUGGGCAAAGGUUAAGCUGUCCUCAUAAUGAAAUCUGCUCAGAAGACAUUUAUUCCCUGAUGCGGCAGUGUUGGUGUGAGUCUCCUGAUGACAGGCCAUUGUUCAAUGAUUUGGUUGCAUCAGUCAAUGCUCUCAUUAUGCCAUUGGCUCCAUAUCUCAUUGUCUCCAAUGACUCAACCUUCCAACUGAAUCAUGAUCACAUAUAUUAUUGAAUACACUGCUUAUGCCUUUGGGACACUCACUGCCUUUGUUUGCUUUAUACUAGCCUUUUUGGUUUUAUUUCAGUUUUUAGACUCAUGCUCUAUAGUCCAUAGUGUGUUUGUGAAAUUAUUAACAGAGUAUUUUAUAUGAUUUAA